GCCAUCGAAGAGCGCCGCCAGUUGGCUAUGACGAACCGCAAGCAAUUCGAGCCCCAGAUCCACGAACAGAUCCAGCGCCUGUUUCAAAAUUACGAGGCGCCCUUCUACGCACAGCUCCGCGGCUUCGGAAAGGCCCAGACCCUCGCCCUGGCCGAGUCUACCGUCCUAUCGCUCGCCGCAGUAAACAACAGGGCCUUUGAGGACCAAGAGACCCAGGCCCUCACGGAGCACUUCCUGUCGAGUGUUCACAACCUGCUCGCGUGGAAAUGGGCAAUGACCGGAUUUGCAGGCUACAUGGCCUACCGUGGCCGCAAGACAUGGCGCUUCCCCUUCUUCAACCCGGAAUUCAAGCGCUUCAGCCCCAUCGGCGGCAGCCCGGGCCUCAAGUUCAUGUGGCACAGCGCCCGCUUCGCCGCAUACUACGGUACCCUCUGGGUUCUUGGAGAGCCAGUCUUCCAGGGCGCAAACUUUAUGCGACAGCGUCGAGAGAUGGAGCAGGAUCCUAGGCUACGAGCGCUCUUACACGAUGGAGGCGCCCAAGGCGCCACUCUGCUCGGAGGCAGCCCGGAAGCUCGCGAGCAAAUCAAUGACGCAUGGGAGUCAGCAGCGCAGUAUGAGAACUCGAAUCAGCAAUACAGAGAACCCGAGCAAAAGGCCCCAGCUGCUGCACCAACGCAGUCCUCUUGGACGUCAUACCGCAGCUCCAUGACACCACCUCCGCAGCCCCAGCAACAGCGAUCUGAUGCAUGGGAUUCUUCCUUUACCGAUGAUUUUGAUGACGCCUCACCCGUCGCACCCGAAGCAAGAAGCAGCUCAGAUGCCUCAAAUAACUUCAGCGGCUCAGCGUGGGACCGCAUCCGACAACAAGCCCAAUACCAACCUUCUUCCCAGCAAGGUCGGAAGACAUGGGAGAAGCCUCAGUCUGGAGGCGGAUGGGGAUCAGAGGCUGAAUCAGGUGCGCAGUACCAAGGACAAACCCCCCGGGAAAGCUAUACAUUUUCGAGCGCCGAUGAGGAAAAGAACUUGGCCAGGGGGCAGGCACAGCGAGAGUUUGAUCGCCUACUAGAGAGGGAGCGCGAGGGCCAGAGUCAGGAG